ACUCCCAGUGGCUGCAUGCCUCGCUGGAGAGACUUGUUUUCUUGGGAGGCACAGUGGAGUAACCUCUGCCCCAUGUGAUCUGACGAGGAGUCACCUCCUGGCCGGGACCCAGACAAAGCAUGGGAUUAACUUUGCCCUGUGCUGAUUUGUGGCUGCUCAGAGUCAGUGAGAGCUGCUCUCAGCAGUCUGACAGCGGUGCCUGCAGAGAUGGGGGCCAAGCUGCUGUGCCUCUGCCUGCUCCCAGCCCUGCUCGCCUACUACAUCUACUCCCCCAUGCCCGAGGGGCUGGCAGAGCCCUGGAAACUGAUGGUCCUCUUGACCCCCUUCAAGGCUGUGGGGCACCUGGCUGCAGCUGUUGAUCUGCUGGGGCUGAUGCACUACAUGGAGGCCAUGAGGCUGAUCACAGUUAUCGAGACAGUCGUAGCUACAUCCGAUGAAAACGUCACUGUGACGAGCACCGAGUUCAACAACGUCCCUGUCCGCCUGUACCUGCCCAGGAGGGCACCUGACGGGCUCAGGAGGGCCAUGGUCUACUUCCACGGCGGGGGGUGGUGCCUGGGGGACGCAGGCAUGAAAUCCUACGAUCACAUGUGCCGGCGGGUCUCAAACGAGCUGAAUGCUGUCGUGGUGUCAGUCAACUACAGGUUGGCCCCUGAACACCGAUUCCCGGUCCCGUUUGAAGAUGUGUACUCAGUGACGAAGUUCUUCCUGCAGAGCAGGGUCCUGUCCCAGUACGGGGUGGACCCCACGCGGGUCUGUGUCGCGGGGGACAGCGCGGGGGGCAACCUGGCUGCGGCUGUGGCACAGCAGCUGUUGGAGGACGCCGAAGUCAAAACCAAGCUCAAAGCCCAAGUUUUGCUCUACCCUGCUCUGCAGACCCUGGACCUGGAUCUGCCGUCCUACCGAGACGGUGACAACAAGCCCCUCUUGCCCAGGCGGCUCAUGGUCAGGUUCUGGAGCGAGUAUUUCACGUCGGACCCCUCUCUGAGGGAGGCGAUGGCCUCCAACAGGCACGUCCCUGCCGAGUCGGGCCACCUGUUCCAGUUUGUGAACUGGAGCCAGCUGCUGCCCGCGGGGAUGAGGAAGGGGCUGGCGUACACGGCCCCCACGUACGGGGGCGCGGGGCUGGCUCGCCGGUACCCCGGGUUCCUGGACCCGCGGGCGGCCCCGCUGCUGGCCAGCGACGCCCGGCUGCGCCACCUGCCCCGCACCUACAUCCUGACCUGCGAGCACGACGUGCUGCGCGACGACGGCGCCAUGUACGCGCAGCGGCUCCGCGCCGCGGGCGUGACGGUCACCCACGACCACACGCAGGACGCUUUCCACGGGGCCAUCAUGUUCACCCUGUGGCCCUUCGAGCUGGCCGUGGCGCACCGGCUGUUCAACAGCUACGUGGAGUGGCUAAAGGAGAACCUCUGAGCCGCCUCGGCUGCCGGCUGGGACUGAGGCCGGAGGAGCCGCGCCGGU